GUCGAAGGCAUGGAUACAGCCCUGGCACGCAGCCACGAUGAGGGAGAGGACGGGGAGGGACAAGAGGUCGAAACUGAGGUCCCUAGGGCAGCAGAGGCAGGCUUAUAUACAGAAGGAGUUGAGGGCAGGCUGUGCUCAUUGGUCCGUGCACAACAGGUCUGUGCACUGCAGACUACAGCGGCCCCGGGGGCCAGUGAGUCAGAGUGUCUGUGUCAGCGGAGCCCGAGUGAUGCCGCGCACUGCCACCUCAUCUAA